AUGCCCAAGGCUACCAGCUCCCGAGCCGCCGCCGCCGCGCGCAGGCACAACCCCCUCGCGGACGAUAUCUCUGCCGUGGGGCAUCUCCGAACAAGCAGCACCAGCAAGAAGGGCAAGCGCCAGUCGCAGGAUGACGACGAGGAGGGCGAGAAUGGCGAGCGCUAUAUUGAUGCGAAGAUGUCGCGCAAGAUUCUUCAGAUCGGUCAGGAAUUGGCAGACGAGGAUGCGGCCGAACAAAAGCUACGAUUUGGCGGGGCUCCGGCAAAGUCGAACCCAGCCUUUGACUUUGACACUCGAUUUGAAGAUGAGGCUCUGUCGGAUGAUGACAAGUUUGAGAAUGAUGGCUGGGUUGAUGAGGAGGAAGAGGUCGAGGACAUUGAGGUUGACCCCAAUGACCUGGAUAUGUUCAACAAGUUCAUGCCCGGUGGCCACGAUGAGGAUCCUAUUUUCGGUUCGCGACAGCCUGGAGAGCAGAUACAGCAACAGACAACAAACCUUGCCGACUUGAUUCUGGAGAAGAUUGCCGAGCAUGAAGCCAAGCUGAACGGCGAGAACGUUGGUGGACCCUACAUCCAAGGUGGUGGUAUCCCCGAGGAUGCUGUGCAGAUCCCAGCCAAGGCUGUGGAGGUAUAUGAGAAGGUCGGCAUGAUUCUCUCCCGCUACAAGUCCGGUCCCCUUCCCAAGCCUUUCAAGAUUCUUCCAUCCGUGCCCAACUGGCCGACUCUUCUCGACAUCACCCAGCCUGAGAGAUGGACCGCCAACGCCGUGUAUGCCGCGACUCGCAUUUUCAUUUCCGCCAAGCCCUGGGUGGCUCAAGAGUUCAUCUCGACUGUGCUUCUGGACCGUGUCCGCGAAGAGAUUCACGAGACCAAGAAGUUGAACGUCCACACCUACAAUGCCCUGCGCAAGGCUUUGUACAAGCCCGCAUGCUUCUUCAAGGGUUUGCUGUUCCCGCUGGUUUCUAGCGGCACUUGCUCCCUCCGUGAGGCUCACAUCGUCUCCUCGGUGAUCGCCCGCGUGUCCAUUCCCGUUCUUCACUCUGCUGCUGCACUCCUUCGCAUGUGUGACUUGGCCGCUGAGCAGUCCAUGCGCUCGCUCGAGAGCACCGGUGCCGUCAACACUUUCAUUCGGGUGUUCCUGGAGAAGAAGUACGCCAUGCCGUACAAGGUCAUCGAUGCUUUGGUCUUCCACUUCCUGCGGUUCCGCAACGAGACCGUCGACGAUAUGACGGAUGGCCCCGGUAGCUCCAAGGCCUACAAGCUGCCCGUCCUGUGGCACCAGUCUCUCCUGGUAUUUGCUCAGCGUUACCGUAACGAUAUCACCGAGGAUCAGCGUGAAGCCCUUCUGGAUCUGCUCCUUGUUCGUGGCCACAAGGAUAUUGGACCCGAAGUCCGACGUGAAUUGCUCGCCGGCCGUGGUCGGGGUGUCGUCGUUCUGGACCCCGAGCAGCAGAAUGCUCUGGAUGCCGGCGAUGACACGAUGGAUGUGACUAUGUAG